AAAGCGAAGUUUGGGGAAGUCCUUGAGGGGAGGUUGUUGAGAAAGUUUAUUUCCAGUCGGGCAUUCCUGUUAAAGAGCACUUUAAAAAGUAGGAAAAUAAUAUUCCAGUUAAUUUGCAACGCAGCAAAUGAGUCAAUUUCAAGCCGGGUUUUCAGAAUGAAAUAACAUUUAAGAAAUUGCAAAGUUGCCUGUCUUGCGUCGCAGGCUUUGAAGAGUGCUCGGGAGAUGCAGUUGCUGGCGGGGAUAGUGCCGUUCCUGUCGGCGCUGAGCUGCUGCCGAGCCGGCUACUUACAGUUUCCUCUCAAAGUCUCCCCCACUUACAACUCCUCGGCAGAGUCGCUUAUGGAAAGACGGAGCUUGCUGCUUGAGGGGAUCUCCCUCGCCUCUAAGCCGGAGGGCUCGGUUAGUUUCAUAAAUAUGGUCAACAACCUGAAAGGAGACGUGGGCAGAGGCUAUUACCUGGAAAUCCUAAUGGGUGUUCCUGCCCAGAAGAUGAACAUACUGAUUGAUACAGGGAGCAGUAACUUUGCUGUGGCUGGGGCACCAUCUCGCAAUGUGGCAACCUACUUCAAUCCACAACGAUCUACCACCUACAAAUCUCUUAACUUGGAUGUGUCUGUCCGAUACACCCAGGGAAGUUGGCUGGGUAAACUUGGAACAGAUGUCAUUGCCAUUCCAAAAGGUCUCAAUGGCACCGUUACUGUCAAUGUUGCCACCAUCCUUGAAUCGGAGGACUUCUUCUUGCCUGGAGUUAAGUGGCAAGGGAUCCUGGGUCUGGCUUACAAAAGGUUGGCUAAACCGUCCAGUUCUAUAGAACCUUUCUUCGACGCCUUAGUGAAGCAGCUGGGGAUUCCUGAUGUGUUCUCACUCCAGAUGUGCGGUGCAGGCUUAUCACUAAUAACUGAGCAGCAAUCCAGCCCAGUGGGAGGAAGUUUAAUUAUGGGUGGAAUUGAACCAAGUCUUUCUCAGGGGAAAACUUGGUACACCCCUGUCAAAGAAGAAUGGUACUACCAAGUUGAGAUUCUUAAACUGGAAGUGGGAGGACAAAAUCUGAACUUGGACUGCACAGAGUACAACACUGAUAAGGCCAUUGUGGACAGUGGAACCACCCUGUUGCGCCUGCCAGAUAACGUCUUUCUUGCAGUCAUAAUGGCCAUCAAAGAAAGCUCAAAGAUUGAGGAGUUUUCUGAUGGGUUUUGGUCAGGAAGUCAGCUGGCCUGUUGGCCGCAAGGAACCAAACCUUGGUCUUUCUUCCCCAAAAUCUCCAUCUACUUUCGAGGGGAGAAUGCUACGCAGUCCUUCAGCAUCACCAUCUUGCCACAGUUGUACAUGCAGCCAAUGGCAGACGUCGGAACCGUAGUGGAAUGCUAUAGAUUUGGCAUCUCUUCAUCGUCUAAUGGCUUGGUUUUGGGUGCCACGGUGAUGGAAGGUUUCUAUGUCAUCUUUGAUCGAGCACAGAAGCGUGUCGGAUUUGCAGCCAGCUCAUGUGCAGUUGUUGAUGGUUCCCCGGUGUCUGAAAUUGCUGGCCCGUUCUCAGCGACUGACAUGUCAAGCAACUGCUUCAGGGAAAGGCAUAGGACAGAGCAGACUCUCUGGAUCAUCUCGUCCUCUCUCAUCACACUGUGUGGCCUUACUCUGCUCGUUUCCAUCAUCCUGCUGCUUUUCCCCUGUAACCAGCGCCACACCAACGGCCUCACUGACGACUCCUCGCUGGUCCAGCACCGUUGGAAGUAGCGCCACACACUUCAUAGGCAGAGCACUUUCAAGCAGGUGCUAUGUGGGAUUUGCACUAAUGUGUGGCCUGGUGUCCAACAAACAAUGCUGGUGGUUUAAAAAUGUUCAUAGAUGACUAAUGUGUGUGGUGGUAGAAAUUGAAGCUUAUGUGCUGAUGUUGACAUGUAUUGCCCCAUAAAGCAGAUCACAAUAGACUAAGCUUUACUCUACACCAGUCAGUUGUCCAAACUGCCUUUUGACUGGAUCCACUGAAUGAGAUGCAUGCUGGAAGCAGGCAUUUUGUGUAGAUUUUGGUGUUUCCUCUCUCAUUAUAAAGGAUAUGGGUAGGGUUUUUUUUAAGGGGAGAAUUGAAGGAGGAGUUACAUAACAUGAGAUUAUGGGUGGAUCCUCAAUGUGCAAUAUCAUUGUCCCCUGCCUUAUGACAUCGCAAGGGACCGAGCUACACAAAGUGCCAAUGCCACCAGAAUUCCUGUCCACAACACGGAAUAAGAAUGGAUGAAAGAUAUUGUUAGGCAUGCAUCUAUUUUCAGUUUUGGAAUAAAUGUGUUUUUUUACUUGAAGGUGAUUCUUACCAUCAACCACCAAGGUUAGCCAAUAUUUUAAUGCUGAUCUCUUGACACUUUAAAGCAACCCAUUGAGUGGGCUGUUUUACUAGGCACCUCCACCUCGUGCAUUUUUCAGCCUGACCAUAAUUGUCUGUGAUUUUCCCAGGACUGCCUCGUAGUUUCUGUUUUACCACUGUUUGUUAAUCCAUAUACUUGUACACCCAUUCGGUUCCUAAGCAGAUCAAGGCUGCAAUUCAGUCACGUAGUCCAGCAGAAACAUUUUACAACACUCCUUAGGUUCUGGUGCCAUCUGGUGUCCACACGCAGAAUUGCAGCCUUAAACUGCCCGAGUUAUUUCUGUUCCAAAUACUGUACAGUUUCUCUUGUGUGUACAAAUGGUUUCCUGAUCAUACUUUUAUGGUCAAGAUCAACAUUGUCAAUUGUCAAUUUCGUGGUCUUAUUUUUAAAGUAGCUUUUCAGGGUUUAACAUUAUCAAACACUUUACAUAAUUGCAGCAAUUAAGAGGGUACCCCAUUCAACCCCCAGACUAUGACUACAGAUAGCUUCUGUCAGAGCAAUGCUAAUGUUGAUAGCAGUUUGCAAGAUGCCACAGAUUCUAAACAUCUAUGUAGCUGAUAGAGAGGGAUAGUUGUGGGUGGCGGUGAAUGGAAUGGGGGAAUUUCUUCAUGUCCUGCCCAAGAUGACAGACCAAUCCUAUGGUUAUGUGAGAGACGGAUUUGUGAUGUGAAAUAGCUUUGAACUGUUUUUCAGUCCUCGGGUAAAAACUGUUCCCUGAAUGCCUCUUUAGCAUCUAGUCAACCCUUGCCACUUUGAAUGGGAGAUCGGGAUGACUGAGUGUAGCCUAGCCAUGUCUGCCUUUGAAUGACUUAAUCAUCAGUCGAACUUUUGUCCAACUUCGGGAUUUUCAGCAAGGUUGAUAUGAGUUCUUAUUCAAGUCUAGCAUUAACUAAGUGUGAAAUUAACAACUUUAAAAACACAUUUCUUCUUGUUCUCCUUACGAACACAAUUUUGAAGUGUUUUUGGGAAGAGAAAUACUAUUGUGGAAAUGAGACACCUUAAAAUGCUUUCGAUCUUUGAAGGAUAUAUCUACACAGUAUUACGCAGCACACUGUGGUAACUUUAUUUUUAAAUAUGAAACCUCUUACUCUGAUGUCCAGCUCUGCAAUUUUUCAAAGAUUAUUAAAAGGUUUAUAAAAUACUAUAAUGUUCAUUCUACUACAGCAGAGCCACCUUGGGAUUACGUAAGGGGCAAACCAGUCACUUUAACAUAAUAGAAAUUAAAUCGAGUAAAACUCCAGGGUUUUCUAAAUCUUAAAUAAAAAUGCUGUCAGUGAUUUUUAUUUUGUUCAUAUUAAAUUUAGGGUAGAUUUCAUAAGUGGGAGAAUUUGAAUUACUUUGCAUUUAUAAAACAUAUAAAGAUUAAAGAGGCAAACUUUAGAAAUUACAUU